GAGUUGUCAAAAUCAAAAUCAGUCGCCGUCAGACGUCGCGUUUGUUUGUUUGUUCGUUUUUUUGUGGAUAAUUUCAGUCAUUGAUGUAGAGUUAUUCAAACAAUAAUCUUUACUUUUCCAGUCAUUAGUUACAUUUUAUUUUAUAAUAUUCAUUUGACUCCGUAGGUGUGAAAUAUGUACGCGUGAAUUACCUUACUAGGUGCUUGCCGACGUGUACCUAUCUUAGGUAGUUAAAAAUUGCAUAAAAAUGUCUACAGUCGCGUAAAUCUUCUGUACCUACAUUUUACACACUUUGAACUUAAGACAUCGAGAUGGCGCUAAGACAAGAGACCGUGACUGCCAUAACUCCGACUUUACAUGAAAAAUACAGAGGUGAAGGCGUGCCGCCUUUGGCUACUGAAGAUUUCGAUGAUGUGGAUGAAUUCGAAGAUGCGGCGGAAGAGCACACCGUUUACACAAUGGACCUCAGCACAGCGCUGGAAGAAUGUGAAGUGGCUAUCAGGAAAUUUUUCAGCAAUGAUUUGAUCGGUGCUAUGAAUAUUAUGAAACCUUGGUGCCAGUCGUCGUUGUACCAUAGUCUGGGCACAGCCAUCUUUGAGUUCAUACCCGCCAUGCUGACAUUCGACCACGCGCAAAUAAAUAGAGCGCUGGCGGCCCUCAAAAUAUGCAUUUCAAUUUGCAAUCAACAACGGAGAAAUUAUACGCUGGUUGAAAGCCUGGGAACCAUUAUAAAAAAGACCGACUACAGCAUGUACACAGACAAUGAAGCCCAUGCGGAGCUGUGCUAUGCUGAAGCAUUACUGCUGCAGGCGGCCAUGACCAUAAUGGAAGGCGAGGAUCUCACGGGACUUAUCAAGGGCACCAUCAAGGUCAAGAGUUGCUACAACAGCUACAAAGAUUGCGCAAAGAUUCUCGAGAAAAAGCAAUGGAACAGCGAAGAAGCGAAAGUGCAUUUUCAUAGCGGAGUCCGGCUCGGGACCGCCACCUUCAACGUGAUGAUCUCGCUACUGCCACCCAAAAUUAUCAGUCUACUCGAGUUUGUUGGUUUCUCUGGGAACAAGACGCUCGGUCUUGCAGAACUCGAAGCAGGGUCGCGUUCGGCGGGCAUCCGUUCAGUUCUGUGUGACCUCACCCUGCUGGGCUACCACCUAGUCAUAUGUCACUUCAUCGGAGCACCUGGCGACCUGCACGUUUGCGACGAGAUCUUGCACAAAGAGCUCAAGAUAUACCCUGAGAGCGUUUGGUUCCUGGUCUUCAAGGGUCGGCAAGAGUUGCUCCGCGGCUUGUUCCGGCCCGCCAUCGAGACCUACAACCGCGCCAUCGUGAGCCAGGACACCUGGUGCCAGUUCCGCCACGUCUGCUACUGGGAGAUCAUGUGGGUCAAUGGACUGAUGAUGGAGUGGCGUGAAGCUGCAGUGUACGCGCACAAGUUGAUAGAAGACAGCUCUUGGUCUCGCACCAUAUAUUCUUACACCAAAGCCGCCAUGUUGCUCCAACUCGGCGAGAGACUGACGGCAGCCGAAAGACUACAGUGUCAAGAGUUGCUUAGAAACGCGUCGUACUACAAACAGCGCAUCGCGGGUAAAUCUCUGCCGAUGGAGAAGUUCGUGAUCCGCCGAUGCGCCCGCUACCAAGCGCAGGGCGGCCAGCUGGUGCUGCCGGCGAUCGAACUCCUGUGCCUCUGGAACAUGUUCACCAUACUGGCCAAAAAUAAGAAUGGUGCGCAGAACGUGCUCAAGCUGAUAGAAAGCAGUCGCGACCGCCUGGAGGCCGGGCCUCAGGACUGGAUGGCAGGCUACGAUGCGGACAACCGCGCGCUGCUGCGCUACUUGCACGGCUGCUGCUUCGCCGCCUUGGAGCUGCCGAGGCUGGCGCUCGACACCUUACAGUCUGUGCUGCAGUUGAAAAAUGACAUAAAAGAAGACACGUUCCUGCUUCCAUACACUUUGGCGGAGAUGGCUAUGUGUCACUAUCACCUUGGAGAUAAGGAGCGGGCGGCUCAAAUGUUACACGAUGCCAGGAAGAAGUAUUCCGGCUACGCGUUGGAAUCUCGUUUGCACUUUCGGUUACAUUCGAAGAUGCAGAUCGUCAAAGGCAACGGCUUUGGAAAGGGAUCGUCCAGCAAAACUGUUCACAGUUGAAAUAUUGAAAAUGAAUUUCGCUAUAACGUUUAAUUAUGAAGGGGCUAUUAUAUAAUGCUGUAGAUAAUAAUAUGGAUAUUGUUAUACUUCGUGAUAGCAUUUAACUUAUUAUAAAAAAUAUUAAGUAUGUGUGAAACAAAACUAUUAUAUAAAAAAUUAAGAAGUUUUCUGUAGAUCAAUUAAAUUUUGAUUCAUAAGUUUGUGAUGAUAUCGCUCACUGCAUAUUUUUCAUUGCCAUGCCAAGUAGAUCUACUGGUGCUUUAAGUCUCGUUAGUUCUACUUAGAUGAAAAUAGCAGGGCUAUCACUGACUCAUGGCACGGUGGUUCAAUACUUCAAUAUGAACAUUUAAAACGAAAACAUUUCUAUUCAUGUAGUAGAUGUAUAGUCGCAUUUAAGUAUUUACUUACCCAAAGUUGUACAAAAAUAUUUUUGAUAAAACCCGCAUAUGAGCUGGAGAAAAGACUAACUCGAGUUAAAUGUUACUUCUGCAAUACUGUAUAUCGUGGAGAAGUUUCCGUACUUUUUAAAAACUUAAGUUUAAUCGGUAAUAUGGUUUCUUAUUAUUAUUUGCCUCUGUAGUGGUCAACUUGUUUGGCUACGGCAGAUAGUUUGACAGACAUACAACGAAGUUGGCUCUUUUUUCUUUUUGAGGUGUGGGUUCCUAAAACUUAAGCAUUUACAUCAAUUAUUUUUCGACAAUAGUUAAUAUAUUCAAAUUUCUUAUACUUUUUAUCUAAACCUAUUUCAUUUUUUGUCACAGCAAAAUGGUUAAAAUAUCCGUUCUAUUAAACAGCAUUCAACUAAAUGUAUGAAUACAUAGAUACCUGAUACAUAGAAUAAAACCUAAAGCCUUGCGGUCGUUUAGUCGUUCGAUUGACGUUGUUCAAUAGUUUUUCAUUUUUGUGUUGUUUAACAGUUUGUUAGCUGAAUAAACGUCAAAUUGGUUGCCACAAAUCUGUAUUGAAUGUAAUCAAUUCGUAGUAAAAUAAGUAGUUAAAUUUUUCAAAAGGUUUUCUUUAUUGUAAGCAAGUAAACUUGCGCACCUUUUAAUAAUUUGCUUUAUAUUGGUCAUAUAAUCUGCUCAUAUAGCACAGCGACCAAAUAGAUAAUAAUAUCAGUACAAUCUUGUGACAUAAUCGUAAUAAAUAGCCGUACCAAAAUAUAUAUGCAAUAUUUUUGUUAACAUUUUUCAAUAAAAAUAUGUUCAAAGUUUAGUAAUAAUGUAUUAACUUGGCUACUUUUUCAUAUUUCUAAGUUUUAUAUUCUCGAAGAUUUUUCUAGUUGUAGUUGUAACUCUUCCACCUGUGUUUCUAAAUUUUGUACUUCUUGAUACUAGACUAUAGAUUAUUAAAAAUAAUUACUGAACAGUUUUGAUACUGUCUAAACUGUUAAGAUGUAAUACAAUCUAUAACAUCCUAUUGUAUUGUAAAUAAAUAAUAUAUUUUUUGAUUGGGCAAAUUCAAAUACGUAUACUCUCACUAUAAUGUAAUACAAAGAGUACAAUAUACAAAUAUUAUUUAUAUUUUCUAAACAGUUACAAAAUGAACAGAUCUGACAUUUUUAUAAUUUACACCGCAGAUACGUGCGCAGAAAUAAAAUUAUAUUGCAACAUUUUAAUUAUAAUUCAGCAAAUGACAAGCAAGUAAUGGACAAACAUAGCAAUCUCUGAUUAGUCAUUCGAAUGGCUUGCAAGCAUGGAAUUAGUAGGUACUGUGCGGAGUACUUACUAAUUCCAUGCUUACAAGUAUUAGGCACGAAAUUAGUAGGUGCUCCGACAAAGUACUUAUUAGAAGUUAGAUGACACAAGUCAUGAUGAAUUUUUAAUUGAUUGAUACAUGGAUUUAGUACUACUGAGCACCUACUAAUUCCAUGGAUUGACGAUUGAUUUUUUAAUUCGAAAUGAGACGAUGUGUGGCUGUAAGUUGCACAUUUCAGCGCCAUCGAAUAUAGCUGCGGUACAUUAUUAACGUAUAUACGAAAUAGUUUACAACGGCAUUAGAACACCUAAUUUAGAAGCCAGCCAACCAUCAAUGUCAAAAAUAAUGGCUUGCUUGUUAGCAUAAAUGUCUCUUAUGAACUGAAUUUUAUCUUAAAUAUUAUUAUAUAAAAAUAUAAGAAUAUAAUUUAAAGAUAAUUAUGUAUAAUCAAAAGGAUUAUAAGCCGCAAAGUACUAUACAUUUAACUUUGAAGGCAUAUUUUUCCCCAAAAGUAUUAAGGUAAAUGUGAUUCUUUCUAAAUAUCGACUUUGACUCGACAUACCCUACAUCUACAGUUAAAGGAGGCUUAGCGUAAACCUUGCAAUUUGAAGUAACAAACAAACUCCUCAAAUUCGAUGUAACUAAUGUUAAGACUUUAGAUAGGGCGACACUGUUAAACAUGUUGCAUUGAAUAUUUUUGAAAUUAUUUUAAAAAAAAGCUGUAUCUCUUUUCUGAAAGAAGAUAAAAAAAGAAAAACACCGAAAAUAAAAAGUUAUAUAGGUAGAAAGGCAUUGUAUUCUAACUAAAAACGAACAUAUUCUAUAACAUGUUUAUUACUAGUAGAGCUGGAAAUGAAAAUAUAGUUUAGUACGCAUACAUCUGUACCAUGUACAAAAAUAUUUUAGCUGCAUUUUAUUUAUUGGUUGUAAUUUAUUAUUUAUGACAUUUACGGUUGAGGUUUCGAGUUGAAUCUCACCCAAUAACUAUCGCUAACAUGCGUAUUAUUGCCGAAAUUGACACGAUCUUGGCACCCAGUACAAAUUUAGUUAUAGAUCUAGAGCCUGCGAAAACUGGACUUAGGUAUAGUCAUGGAAUUAGUAGCUAUUACGUAGUACUUACUAAUUCCAUGGGUAUAUGUAAUACAUAGGUAUUAUAAAAGUAGAAAAUUUCAAUGAGUGAUUUAGAAGGCAAACAUUAAUUAUUCUUACUUGAAUCUAACAAAUCAGGAAUUUCCUCCCAAUAGUACCGCUGUGCCCUAUCGCACAGAAAAAUUCACAGUGAUUUUUUCACUUUUAUAUUAUAAAGGUCUAGCUCUGGUAGGCUCUUGGUAUAUUACAGUGUAAUUGGCAAAUAACUUAAUUAUGGUCAUUGUUGUACGGUAGGGUGAAAUAGAUAUUUUAUAAAUAAGUUAUUAGGUUGCCGUUUUGUGUACUUAAAUAAAAAGAUUUUUAAUAAAA